AAAAGCGGUGUCGAAGUAAACACUAAUUAGCAUAUUACAGCAAACAAAUUUUCUCGAUUUUCUUUGCAGUUCGACUGUCAUGGUCUAAAGUACCAUGCCACCAGGACGAAGAAUACUGUCUCGUAUUCAGACAAAUCCCCCAUACCAGGGUGGUGCUCAUAAGAAUUCUAAUUCCGGGCAUUCUGAUGACCGUGAAAAUAACAUGGUUCCAUUAGCAACCAUGGCAGUUCUCCCAAAGCAUGCCCACAUCCCAGAGAUACCAGGCGACACAAAUGUCUCAUUUGAAGUGAUGCUCUACAUUUUCGGAUUCAUUGUUAUGUGUCUACAGUACAUUAAUCUGUAUAAAACAGUCUGGUGGCUCCCUCACUCACACGCAAACUAUGCUCUUAACUUUUACCUGAUAGACCCAUACCUAGCCAGUUUCCUGUGUGUACUGAUGAGCCGGAGGCUGAUCUGGUGUUUCGUACAAGAGAUUUAUGGAUCUAGGACUGGUAAAGGAUUUCUGUAUAUGUUGAUUCAGAUCUGUAAGGUUGUCACGGUAACAUUUGCAGUUUGUGCCCUGCUCUUCACUGGCUAUCAGGUGCUGAGGAACCACUCUCUCCUUUACUGCCUUUUUCUCUGCUGUCCUAUUGUGACAUACAUAUUCCUUUUUGGACCAACAGUUAAACCACUGUAUGUUAGAUCCCUGAAUUGGCCAUCCAUUGUCACAGAGAAGUCCACUCCAAAACAUAAAUCGAAUCUUGAUAAAGACUUUGUUCUAUUCCACAACUGUGUUCUAACUCCUGAUAUCAUCCGAGAAGAGGUGGAGGUUCUAAAAAUAGAUUUCAAUAAUCGUGUGAAGCAGAUCUUGUUUAAUUCAAUGCUGACGGCUUAUUAUAUGACCUUUGUACCAUUAUGCUUUGCACAGCAUAUCCAGAAUAACUGUGAGACUUGCUGGAAUACAUUGUUUUACGACAGCUGGUGGGUAGGGCAACAUGUCUUUCUGACUUGGCUAAGUGCAUUUCUAAUGCUGUGUGCACACUUUCUCCCACCUAAAUAUCUAGAUCUCAUGCAUAGGUGUGCACAGCAUCUCGGAAGAUGGCAGAAAGUUGAAGGCAGACAUGCUCAUGUACCAUAUAAUGCGGAAAAAUCAAGACCACUUUUCUGUAGUACAACAUGCAUGUUACAUCCGAUUUUGAGGUGUAUUUUGACCUAUCUCUACCGUUGGUCAGAGCUACAGGUGUGGCCACAAGGUGCUCUAGUCAAACAUGUGCGAGGUCUUUUUAAAGCCGAGGGUAUAAAUGUUACUGCUGAACCUGGCAAUAGCAUGCAUGGCAGAUUUUAUUUUUUAUUUCACCGACCAUUACGAGUGUUGAACUGGAUGCUUGUUCUAACGUGGAUGUUGGUUGGUUACCAGUUCUUCUGUUUGCUACAGUGCAGCGAGUGGAACCACAUAAUCUGUAUGUCACUGGUUCUGUUCUGUAACUACUACACGCUGUUCAAGCUUCUACGAGACAGAAUCAUCCUCUCUAAGACAUACAAAGACGAUGACAGUAAUCAGAAUUGAAAAAUUAUUUAACAGUUAUAAUCAUAAUUGUUUUUACAACCCGAAGUAUUGUGCUUAUAUUUAUUUAUGAUAAAUUAAGAAAAAUUUUA